CGAUGCAUGGAUGGGUGGGGCCUUAAUCUGUCUCCCGUCCCCAACCUUAUCCGGUUUCAUUUUCACCACCUGGAGGAGUUCCCCCUCUUCGAACGACUCGAAGCGUCGAGAGUCUCAGAAAAUAGGAGCCAACUCCCCCUCCCCCGCUCUUUGCCUUGUGGUCAAUGCCGGGGGAUGGCCGAGCCUCCACCCUCGCGGGGAAGAUGACGGCCCACUCCCUUGGCGUGGCUUCUUCUCCCGCUUCAAAGUCCUCCAUCGUGUGCCUUGUUUACUUGCCCAUCAAUUAGAAGAGCUUCUUCCAAUUUGAUGAAUGACCAGUUAUGUCUGCGGCUCCUUCAUUGCACAGAACUCGGGCAACUGCUCUGUGACGAUAGAUCGAGGAGUAGCGGUCUCACGUUGUGUUAAUCGCUCUAUCCAUCAAUUUCACGAUUAAAAAUGGUAGGAGGUUUAGCCCUUCAUCAGACCCAACCGUUCAUCCCGCCACCACCAUCACGGAACCCCGCAUCCCAUGUUUCGGAACAUCGGCCGAGGGAGCCGUUGUCGUGCCUCCCCCCACCGCACCAUGUCAAAACCAUGGAAGAAUUCAAAAAGCUCCAUGCUCGGUUCAUUAAGCUCGGACUGGAUCGCGUUCCCCGCCACGCCGGGGAUCUUCUUCUGGCCUGCAGCUUGUCCGAAUGGGGCAGCAUGGACUACGCCCGCUCAAUCUUCCUGGGGCUCGACGACCCCGGAACGUUCGAUUUCAACACCAUGAUCAGAGGCUCGCUUGUCCACGGUGAUCCACAGGGAGCACUCCUCUUUUACCCGGAAAUGCUGCGGAGGGACGUGGAGCCGGACAAUUUCACGUUUCCGUUGGUGCUCAAGGCAUGUUCUCAGCUGUCAGCUCUUGCACAAGGAUUGCAGAUCCACGGGCAUGCAGCAAAGCAUGGAUUCCAGUGCGACGUUUUCGUCCAGAACAGUCUGAUCAACAUGUAUGGCAAGUGCGGCGAGGUCGAACGAUCUUGCAGGGCGUUCGAGCAAAUGGGCUCCUGCAGGACCGUCGUCUCCUGGAGCGCCCUGACGGCGGCUCACACCAGAAUGGGGUUGUGGGGCAAAUGCCUGGAGAUCUUCGCGAUGAUGACGAGACAAGGCCUGCGGGCUGACGAGAGCUCCAUGGUCAGUGCCCUCUCCUCGUCCAAGAAUUUGGGCGCGUAUGGUACGGGGAGAAGCAUCCACUGUUCCUUGCUCAGGAGGUUUACCGGACUUAAUGUCGUCGUGCAGACUUCGUUGAUCGAUAUGUACAUCAGCUGCGGAUGCCUCGAGAAAGGAAUUGCCAUCUUCGAGACGAUGUCCGAGAAGAACACGUGGACGUACAGCGUCGUGAUUUCAGGGUUGGCGAUGCACGGGGAAGGCGAAAGAGCGCUGCAGGUUUUCUCAGACAUGCUCCACGGAGGCCACGAACCAGACGAGGCCAUCUAUGUCGGAGUUCUGAGUGCUUGCAGUCAUGCGGGGCUGCUCGAUGAGGGGCUCCGCUGCUUCGAUCGUAUGAGGGUCGAGCAUCGCAUCCCGCCCAGCCCUCAGCAUUACGGGUGCGUGAUAGACCUCAUGGCCCGCGCCGGGCGGCUGAAAGAGGCAUACGAGCUGAUGGAGAGCAUGCCGGCGGCGCAGACGGAAGCGGCCUGGCGGUGCCUGCUGAGUGCCUGCAAGACGCACGGAGAGCUGGAGGUGGCUGAGCGCGCCAGUAGGAAUCUCGAGGAGUUGAAUGCUCGUAACAGCGGAGACUACAUAAAUCUGUCGAACAUGUAUGCCGAAGCUAAAAGAUGGAGCGACGCAGCGAUGACAAGAAGAGAAAUGGUGGACCGAGGGCUGGUGCAGGCCCCAGGAUACAGCAGGGUAGAAGUGAAGGGCAAGAUGCACACCUUUGUUUCAAACGAUAAGAGGCAUCCGCAGAGGCGUCAAGUGUACGAGAUGGCGUAUCAGAUGGAGUGGCAGCUGCGGUUGGAGGGUUACACACCGGAAGAGAAGAGGCGGAUGGUUGUUGGUGCAGAGAGUCAGAAGCUUGCCAUCGCCUUCGCUCUGCUGAAUACGAGCCAGGGAAGUCCGAUCCGCAUAAUAACCAACCUGAGAAUGGGGAAGGAAUGCCAUACCUACACCGCACUCGUAUCGACAAUCUUCGAGCGGGAGAUCAUUGUCAGGGAUCGAAACCGAUUCCACUGCUUCAGGCAAGGGGUAUGCACGUGUGGAGAUCACUGGUGAAGGAAACACGGGAGGCAGCAGAGCAGAGGAGCAGAGCAGCGGUCGACGUCCACUCCUUUCUCCUGUCAAAAAAAAUAAAAGACUCUUCUUCUUAACCAAUAAUGUCUCUCUCUCGAGAUAGAUAAUUAAUUAUACAUGACGACAAAACAAAUUACCCUUGCUAA